GCAGGGAGGGAGGAACGCCGUCGGCCGAGAGCGUCGGUCUGUAAGAGGGCCCGAUGCAGGCGACGGGGCAGAUUCAGUCGGUCAGUCGACGAGCAACUACGAAUGUAACCUUCAGUGUAAAACCCUAGACAACUAAGCAUUCUUUCAAUAUACGAACUACAAACUAGUGAGUGUCUCGAUUCUCUAUGGAAAAUCUGUCCAUGCAAUCCUUCAUUCCCACAAGUAUAAUUUUACAAUUUUACGAAAUCGAGAUCGACGACAGUGACGUUUUACUCAUCGCAUAGGCUGCGUCCACAAUAGACCGUUUUGUGUGUAUUAGUAUAUCUGCAACAUAUAACGUAUACGGCUGAUCGUGGACACAGCUCCGACGCUAUUCCAAGCCGUGAACAUGUGUGAUUUUUCGCUAUUGGACACGGACAGAUCCGAACGCAUCAAACGUUAUAACGACCGCAAGCUGCAUAAAAUACUCGUAAAUCUCGUCCGCAAGCAACGCCCCAGCGGGAGCGAGAUGAGAAAACGCAUUCGUUCUUCCAAGAAGCAUACGCUGAAGCUAGAGACGCUUGAGCAAGAACCUGCCGUUAGUAAGCUACUUAGAAGCAGGGAUAAUCGGUCGCUUCUAUGGGUCGCAGUGUUGAACUCGUACUACGAUUCAGCCGAGGUGCUCGUGCGCCUCGGUGCUAACGUAAACGAGCUUCUCGGCUCUAGCGAUUCUCAGUUGGCUGACAAGAAAUCAACAGUUCUCCACGUGUUACUUCAGAGGGAUCCCUGCGCAAGGAACGAUCGCCUCGUCCAUAUAGUCUUGGACCACGGCGCCGACUUGCGAGCUCGGGACACCGAGGGACGAACUGUGCUGCACUUAGCUGUAAUGAAAGGCCGAGGCGAAUUGAUCGAAAUGUUGCUGAAAAGAGGAGCCGACUUGCGAGCUCGCGACUACAGGGGAAAGACGGCCCUGCACUUUGCCGUGACGAACGACCGAGUGGGGAUGAUCGAGAUGCUUCUUGAGAAAGGAGCCGACAUCGAGGCUGCUGACGAUAAAGGCGUGACACCAGUGCUCGACGCAGCCGUCCGUGAGAACGCGGAUGUGCUAAUUCCGUUGUUGAUGAAACACGGAGCCAAUAUUCUCGUAAAAGAUGCGGACGGUGAGAACGUCUUGCACCGACUUUCACGCGCCCCUGUCGAGCACACAGUUCUCGCCAGAUUUUUGAUCGAGAAAGCCGUCUUUUCACUCGAAGACAGAGACUCGCACUACCAUCGCCAGCCGAUACACACAGCCGCAAUGGCGGGGAAUAAUGAAUUGGUGAAGCUCUACAUAGAGCAUGGUGCCAACGUCAAUGCGCGAAUGAAGUAUGGUUACUUUCCGCUGUACUUGGCAGCUGUAAACGGAAAGCCCGCGGUGCUGAGAACUUUGCUCGAUCGCGGCGCGGACAUUCAUCAAAGAACGGUUUACGGAGGUCGCUCCGCAUUGCACAAUGCUAGUGAAAAUUCGAUUAUCGUACCGGAGCAUUAUCAGGAUGAAAAUAUCAGGCUGCUUCUGUCUGCCGGCGCGGAUGUGCUGAUCGAGGAUGACCGCGGGAAAACUCCUUUCGCUCUCAUCGAUCGAUACGAAUAUGCAAGUAAUCCAGGAACCUCGCUGAUAAUCCAGGAGCUGGCGCUGAAAAAAGUUUGCCAGUCGGAGAUCGAGAUCAAGGAUGAAAGGAUAAUCGAGCAACAUUCGGAGCUGCGAUAUUAUUAUCAAGAAUGCAUCGAACAGGUCGAGAGGAUGAAAGUCACGAAAUUCAUCAAAACCUGCACGUUUUUGGACUUGCUCACUAAAUGCACCUGUCGGAUUGCGAACCUCAUGAGGAAUCCCGAGUUCGAAGUUAACUUCGAAAACUACGAUCUGAUGGAAUUUCCCGCGUAUGCCGCAAACCUGUACGAGCGUGUCAAACUUGCGAGAAGGCACUAUGACUCUAUGCUGGAUCAUGAGGACGAGCUCAACGAUACUAUUUAUGGAAUUUUGCCUUAUUUUCUUGUAAGAAAAAUGGUUCAUUAUAUGUUAAACGACUGUUGUAGGAAGAAAAAACCUUCUACUGAAUUCUAAGGCGGGUUUGAUAAGCCGAUGAAGCCUCGGCACCUGCGCUACUAUUUACUUCUAAGUUGUUAUCUGUUAUAAUUUUUAUUUUAAAGAAAUAUAUAAAUGUUAUUCUUUGCUGAUUCUAA